AUGCGCUUUUGUCCAGCAGCACCAGCAACCGCACGCAUGGAUUCAGCUGGGAAGAAGCAGGACAACGACCACCACCACCACCAUCGACAUCACCUCCACCACCACAAUAGCAAUGACCAGGAGGAUGGCAGUGAGGGAAGCGCCGACCACGCGGCUGGGAACGAGACGUUGGCUAGCCAAAAGAAGCUUCGAGACACCCCUCUGCGUUCCAGUUCUCGACGAAAGCCACGUCCAGACUUGUCCACGUCCAUGGUCGUGAACGGAGCGAGCUCGACAUCGGUAGCCAUGAUGAACCCCAGUUACAGCUACGACAGCGGCGAGAGCAGCACCACGAACGAAUUCCCGACACCGUGCAGUGAGAAGCUCUUGUCGUGGAACGGCUUUGGGGACUCGCGGUAUCAGCGUCCACCGACGAUUGAGUCCAGGCGGGACUCGGCGCAAUGGAGUGACAAACGAAUGCACGAACUCGGCGUAGCAGCUGCUGCCAAAGUGAAUUGGGACGAUCUGGACGUGGAACUCGCGACGGCAUUUGCAGCAAGUGCCGGCGAUCGACGGAAAAGCUCCGUCUGGAAACCCAAGAAGAGCCGUUGCAGCAGACGGUCAACGGAGAUGAAGGUCUUCACGCGGCUGACUGUCCGUGACCAUCGACAUCAGACUCGAUGGGGACCAAAGGGCUUUGCGGUCUUGGCUGAAACUGCUUUGCCCUGCACGGUGCAGGAACUGCGACUGGUGUUCCGUGUGCACUCCUCCGACAUCUUCCGGGAUAUGAUGCAGAGUCUCUAUCGUCGUGAGUUUGUGGACGGCGAGCUCCUGCGGACGGUCGAGCUCGAAGAGGAACCAAGUGGUGAUCCCGCCAGAGCUUUCGACGAUCACGAGUUGACGAUCAAGUCUGCAACGUUUGAAAGCCGCCGUCGAGUCUUUCCCAAGCAAAUGUCGUGGUGCUUUCUCGAGUUACUGCAACCUCGCGACCGUGCGUCCGACGAGCAGGCAAUUGGAAGACGCACGGCAAUGUCAACACCGCGUCUGUCAAGUCCUCGGUCAGGGUUCACCAGGACCUUGGUAUCCAUUGCACGUCCAAGCAUUGUCUUGGAUACCAGACGGUCGCUCCAUUCACGGUCUCAGUUGCUCCGGCAUGUCCCGAAUGUCAUCAUCAACUACUCGUUCGAACAAGACUCGAGUGGCCACGGCACUCGAGUGGUUUUCCAUGGCGAGUACUUGCCACCCAAUGCCCACGAUGCUUUCAAACGUGCUGGUCACGAACGACGUCAAGCUCGUCUCUGGAUGCUUCGUCUUGCCGCCAGUUGUCAGCGGUACCUCCUGGUCGUGCGACGUCGACGUCUUGGGAUGCAAGUCAUUAUCAACAGCACGUACUUUUCAGCCGAGACCGCGAGCACGACUGCCUUGGCUCACUGUGCUUGCUGCUACCGUCCAUUCUCGAGCUGCUUCAAGCGCUCGAAGCAGCGGCUAUGCUGUCUCUGUGGCUUUGUUGUCUGCAAUAAAUGUGCCCACAUCCAAGAGCGGGAACAUUGUGCGCGAGGGGACAGCCGGCCACAGAUUGAGCAAGUGCAAGUGUGUGAACGAUGUCUCCUUCGUGUCGAUCAAGCGCGAUAUACAGCCGUGACGGAAGACGAUUUGCGUCCAGCGCACGUGAUCCCUGACGAAUGUUCACCAGUACCGCGUCCAAAUAGUACGCCCGGUGGAAGAGCUCGACAUGACCGUUCGCGACACACUCGACCCAAUCUCCGGACUCGUCCAACAUCGCUGAAUACGCUCUUGCUGGAAAUCUUAGCGGACGCAACGGCUGGUGGACCUGCGCAGCAACAACGCAAAGCGAGUGUCUUGCGGGUCAUGAAAGAUAUUGUCAAUGAAGACCGUACCCAGAGACGAGCAAGUCUAGCGAAGCGCCGCGGAGUAUCGGUCGAUGCAAGCGGCCGUGGCUUCUCAUUGCUGAGUGGACGCAGUCGAGACUUUCUGGUCGACGAAGAAAAGAGCGAUGACGACAACCUGGUUGGCAGUGUCCGACAGCUCGGACAGAUAUGGGCAGACGCACCGUGCCAUGGCGGUGAUUAUCCGUUGGCCAACGCAGACUCGAGGAGCUACCGGAUCAAGUUUCCAGAGAACAAGGAGGAAGCGAUCGUGCCGCCGAUUCCGUUCAACGAGCGUCAGCGACUAGAGAUCAUCCGUGGCCAGCGGCUGCACGACUUUGGCAGUGUGCCUGAGCUGGACAUCAUUUGCUCACUGGCAUCCAGGGAACUGGACUGCGCUAUGAGCAUGAUCACCGUGGUCGACAAGGCCAAGCUGCAUGUGCUGGCUUCCUCGAAUGCGACAAUAGCGGCCGGCCAGUCGUUCCCGAGAGAGCAGUCGUUGUGUGCGCAGAGCAUCUUGGACCGCAAUCCUCUCGUGGCUCGCCAUGUACAGGCAGACGUCCGGUUUAGCGCCAUGUCCAUUGUCCGGAAAAUGGGGAUCAACUUCUACUGUGGGUUCCCACUGCUCGGCUCUGAUGGCGAGACAGUCAUCGGGUCCGUGUGCUGUGCCGACCCACAAGGCCGUAACCUGACGCGAUCGCAGUAUGCUGCGAUGAGCGGCCUGGCCAGCACUGCUUCACGCAUUGUCCAGCGGAUUGCGAACGAACGAACAGUGUGUGCGUGA